AUGGGCGACCAGAGUCGAUCUGGUCAAAAAGAGGCUGUCUUUAUCAAGUUUGACUCGAUAGAGACUUCUCCCGUUUGGGGCAUCGCGGCCCGGCUUCUCAUCGAGUUGCCGGUGUUUGCGUUCCGCGUGCUUUCCAUCGUGGAAGCCCGGGAGGCGGCCAAGGACGCUAAGUCCAAAGCCAAGACCUCGCUCCAAAAGACGGCCCAAGGUGACAAGGUGGAUCUGCCCGCGCUGGAUCGAGCCACCCAAUCCCUCAUCGACAAGGUCGUCUCCGCGAAGGUCAAGCAGGAGACCGCGGCUUCCAAGCGAGACCUCAAGCAGGAACUCGCUACAGCAAGAAAGGCCCGGCAGAACGACAAGCCGUACGUUCCGCCCCCUCUCGGCAAGAACGGUCGGCGCGAAGGCGCCAACGUCCAGGGAGGGAAGAAAAAGAAGGGUCAAGCCCCGUCCACGUCCACGUCGUCGAAAGGCGACUCGCAGGGGAAGGGCGGGCAGUCUGGAAAAGGGAAGAAGCAGGGCCCCGCUCGCAAGGGCGACAAGGGCAAGCAGAAGGCCACCUAG